CGCGGGAAAAUCAGUCAAAACUCCUUCAUAGUUCAAUCCCCAGUUAAACAAACACUCACCCUUGAUUUGCCAAUCAUCAUGAGCUCCUUAAGGAGCAUUGUAAAGCACCCAAUAAUUUCUUUAGUGGAUCCAACCACAACCCUCAGAGAACUGAAGCAAAUCCACGCUCAACUUCUUAUCACCGGCACUCUCAACGACUCUCACCUUCUGGGCCAAUUUGUUGCCACAAUUGCCCUAAAUAACCCCAACAAUCUCAGUUAUUCCGAUCAAGUCCUUGAAAAAUGUCACAGCCCAACUCUAUUCACCUUAAACUCCAUGAUUAGAGCUUAUUCUAAAAGCUCAACCCCAGAUAAAAGCUUUCAUUUCUAUAAGAGAAUCCUAGAAUCUAGUGAUUAUAUCUCGCCUGAUAAUUACACUUUUAAUUUCCUCGUUCGCACGUGUGCACAGAUUUUGUCACCCGAGACUGCUCUGUUGGUUCAUGGUUCGGUUAUAAAGCUCGGGUUUGACAAUGACCCGCAUGUGCAAAGUGGGUUGAUUUUCAUGUAUGCUGGAUUGGGUUUUUUAAGUUCUUGUCACAAGGUGUUUGAGGAAAUUCCUCAACCUGAUUUGGUGUGUCAAACAGCAUUAAUUAGUGCGUUAGCAAAGUGCGGUAAUGUUGAUUUUGCAAGGAAGAUGUUUGAUGAAAUGCCUGAGAGGGACCCCAUCACGUGGAAUGCAAUGAUCGCAGGUUAUGCGCAAUGUGGGCGGUCAAGGGAGGCGUUGCAAUUAUUUCAUUUGAUGCAGGUUGAAGGUGUUAAGCUUAAUGAAGUGUCUAUGGUUUCUGUUUUGUCUGCAUGUAGUCAUUUAGGUGCCCUUGAUCAGGGGAGAUGGGCACACAUUUAUAUUGAAAGAAAAGGGCUUAAAUUGACCGUGACAUUAGGGACUGCACUCAUUGACAUGUAUGCAAAAUGUGGGAAUAUGGAUAAGGCCAUGGAAGUUUUUUGGGGUAUGAGAGAAAGGAAUGUAUAUACAUGGACUAGUGUAAUAGGUGGGUUGGCUAUGAAUGGAGCGGGAAAGAAGUGUCUCGAGCUAUUUUCACUGAUGAAACAAUAUGGGGUUCGACCUAAUGAGGUCACAUUUGUUUCAGUUUUAAGAGGUUGUAGUGUGGUUGGAUUCGUUGAUGAAGGUCAUCAGCAUUUUGAUUCCAUGAAAAAGGAGUACGGAAUUGAGCCUCAACUUGAGCAUUAUGGUUGUUUGGUGGAUUUAUAUGGUCGAGCUGGGCGCUUAGAUGAGGCCUUGAAUGUCAUCAAUAACAUGCCCAUGAAGCCACAUGCUGGUGCUUGGGGAGCUUUGCUUAAUGCUUGUAAAAUGCAUAAGAAUUUGGAAAUGGGUGAGCUUGCUUCAAGAAAGCUAGUGGAGCUUGAGGCCAAGAAUGAUGCCGCCUAUGUGCUCCUGUCUAAUAUAUAUGCUGAUUCAAGAAACUGGGAUAGCGUUGAUAAUGUACGUCAAAUAAUGAAGGCUAAAGGUUUGAGGAAACUUCCUGGUUGUAGUGUAAUAGAGGUUGAUGGAGAAGUUCAUGAAUUCUUUGCUGGGGAUGAAUCCCACCCAAGGUAUGGUGAAAUUGAGGUUAUGUUGGAGGAAAUCUCUAGGAGGCUGAAAAUGGCUGGAUAUGUUGCAAACAUGAACCCUGUGCUGUUUGAUAUAGAAGAAGAGGAGAAAGAGCAUGCUUUAUUUAAACAUAGUGAGAGGAUUGCAAUUGCAUUUGGUUUGAUCAGUGUGAAGGAAGGUGUGCCCAUUAGAAUUGUGAAGAACCUCAGAGUUUGUUGGGAUUGUCAUGAUUGGACAAUGACUAUUUCUAAACUAUUUAACAGAGAGAUUAUUGUAAGGGACAGGAAUAGGUUUCACCAUUUCAAGGAUGGUGAGUGUUCUUGUAAAGGCUAUUGGUAAAAGAACUCUGUAUACCAGGUUUUGAAUUUUUGUACUGAGUGAUUCUUUUUCUCCACUACUUAAUAAUGUUAGAGUAGGUACCUUAAAAUCAAUAAAUUAUUAUAAAAUUGAUUCUUUGUAAUA